AGUUUGAAAGGACGUAAUGCUGCACGUUACGUGUCAAACUUAAUAAGCUCGUAUGGAAUAAAACUUUUGUUUGCAUUGUAAUGAGUAAACGGUAAUUAUUUUGAUAAUACAAAAAAAUAUAGGAAUAAUAAUGAGUGAUAAAACGUUACUUGAUAUUGAUGAUACGAUACUGACGAAAAGUUUAUUGUUGUCUAAAAAUAAAGAUGAAUAUGAAAUGGAUGACAUAUUAAAGCAACAGUUUGAAAGAAAACCUACUAAAUGCAUUAUCAUUCAUCCUUUACCUGGCGUUUGCGUGAAAACAAAAACGGAUGCAGGCGAGAAAGUGUUCUUGAAUAUAUGUACGACGACUAAAAUACCUCAUCCGGAAGAUAUAUCGGAAGAGAAACUAAUUUCCCUUUUGGAUCAAGAAACACCCAACCAUUCUAUACCAAUGAGUAUCGGUGAAGAGAGAUUAGAACCCGAUAAAAGUGGUACCUUAUGCGUGACCCAUGACGUUGCGAUAAAUAAGGAUUAUUUCGAAAAGUGUCAAACCAAACAAUAUUUCUGGUUAUUUACAAUAUCUGUCAUAAUGGAAGGCGUAUCGCAUAAAUUUGGUAGAUGUUUGGAUUCGAAAACUUGUAUUAUUCUUAAAAACCGAAAAGUCAUGGGUACGAUUCAACCGCAGCGUAUCGACGAUCGUGAAGCGCGUAAAGUAUUGCCGGCGUCUAAAAGACCAUUGAUUCAAGAAAUAUCGAGCUCUUCAAAGACCGACUGUAAUAGGUCAGCCAGCUCGGCACAACAACUCCAAAGUAAUCGUGAGGAAUUUAUGACACACGAUUACGUGAUAUUGAAAGAACCUUCGAAAGGAAUUGCAAGGCGUUUAAUCGCUUUAUUUCAUAUACCUAAGGGGGUAGUAUCUGGUAAAGAUAUAAACGUGCUCGCCGACACUGAUCACAUAAUUGUUACAACGAAUGAAAACAAUUUCGCAUAUGACGUUUAUAUACCUUAUACGAUAAAGUUGGACGAAACGGAGAGCUUCUUUGAUAAAGAUUUCAGAGUCUUGCGAUUAAAUAUGCCAAUUGAAAAUAAAUAAUAGAAAUGGAAAAUUAAUAGAGCAAUGUAUGGGAAGAGAAGAAAAGAGAGCACUAAGAUAAUACACAAAUUGGAAUUUUGAACUGGCAAAAAGUACCAAAUCAAAAAUAAAGAUUAACAUGAUGAAAAGGAUUUGCUCUACUUUCGACAAACUAUUAAAUGCUAUUUAUGGUAUUCCACAUACAUGCACACCAAUCUGUUAUUUUCAUUCUCAACAGAGUUAGUACAUAUUGAUUACGUACGUACGUACGUUACAUAGUGAUUGUUACGUGCGCGUACGUUUUAUUUGUACAAUAAAUGCUCAUCCAUGAGGCUUAAAAUUACUUCAAAAUAUAUUAGAGAUUUAAAUCUAACAUAUUAAAUUAUACGUUAUUUACAAUCAUAUAUCAAUCAAAUUAUAUUUAAAUUGUAAUUCAAAGAAGACUAAUCAAUCGACUAUAAUCGCGUAUCGAGGAGACUUCAAUAAUCGAGCUUACGUACGAGAAAUAACGUAGGAAAUGCAUAAAAAUAUAUACGUAUAAUAUUGUACACUUAGAUGGAAUAUUAUCUUACAGUUCCGUAUAAAACGUCGGCCGUUCUAUGCCGAUUAUAGUAAAGACGUUCGGCAAAAGAUAUACCGUAUUUACACCUAUCAUGAAACAAGUUAGAUAUUUAUAGACUAGAUCGGUGAAAAUUUUUUUCUUAUUUUCCAAAUAGUUCUCACUCUCCAUUAGCUCGUUGGGAUUGACUUUAAGCACGGCACAUAUUACGGUAUAACAAAGGGAUUUACAAAUAGCCUUAGUUCCAAUGACACUACAGAAACCGAGUAUUGUCCUAAGAAUCAUACAUCCUGACAUACGAUAAGACGGCCAAAUAAUAUCGUACGGUGGUGGAAGUAGCGAAAGUGAAAGGGCGCCUGUCUUGUAAUUUAACCACGCCCCCGCAUGAACUCCAGCAGUUACAGAAACAACCAUAGUCGUAUCACCGCUGGAAAAAACAUAUAUUGCAUAUAAGGCCAUUUUACAAUGAAAGGAAAGAUUUUUAUUCCCUUACCGAGUUGGUGUCCAUUUGUUGCUACAGGGAUAAUAUACCACAGCGGUGACGCUAAUUAAUAUUAAAAGCGUUAAUACCCAUAAAUUAGUAACAAUAUAAUAAUCUAAAGCGUCUACUAUAGGUAUCAAUGGAAUCAUUAGCAUAAUAGCUAAUACUAUUCCUGCCACAAUGUCCAAUACCGUAUGCAUUCCCAAAUAAAGUCGACUUGUGCAGACGAGCAUACACCUAUAAAAGUGAAAUAUAUUAAAUGAGCC